AUGAAAAAGGAAGAAGAAAUGCAGACAAGACGUCGACAAAAGAAUAAACUGCAUCGAGAUAUGCUAACAUUGAGGACGAGUAAGUACUCUACUGUUCAGCAGAAAAGAAGUAACAACAGAAGAACUUCUGCAAGUAGACACAUAACGUCGUCUUACUCUAGAUCGGAGACAUUUUCUGACAAAGAUAGCAUAGAAGCCAGUAAAUCAGAUUUAGAUAGAGCAAAUCACAACCAAAUGGGUGAAAAAUCAACAAGUUUCUGUCUAUAUGAUUGGGAGACAUGCUCUGAGAAUAUCAGCCAAGUUGAAAGUAAACUGAAACAGUGGCAUUAUGAUGUAGAUAUGCUGUAUAAAGGAAAAGAAUCCGUUGGGAAUCGAGUUAGUCCACUGAAAUGUUGUGAAGAAAUAAAUAUAUUCAAGCAGCUAUUACCUGGUAAACAAAUCUUCAUAAGAACAUUCAAUAGCCAUACUAAUGUUGAUGUCAUGAAACAACCAGAGACUGUUCAAAUUCCAAUAGAUAUUACCACAAACGAUGUUUGUAAAUCAGUUCGGUUUGAAAAUGAUAAAAGUAAAGGUGAACUAAGUGAAGUAUCCAGUCAUCAAAAUGAUACAGUAUUAGAAGUAUGCAAUUUACAGACUUCUCAGGUGAAAAUAUCAACUGAGAGUGACAAUGAAGAUGAUUAUGAUAUUGAUGAAGAAUGCCAGCUAGAAGAUGAAAAACACAAAGAGACGGUUGUUUAUAAUGCCAUUGAAAAAAUUGAAAAUAUCACAAAUGAGGUGAAAUUAAUUCUCGGUAGAAUACGUCCAGUUUCUUCGAGUUAUGGUUACGUUUUAGGCAAUCAAUUGAAUAUACCCUUAAGAAAUACUAGAUCAGCCAGAAUAGAUGAGAAUAAGGAGAAUGAAUCACGAGGAAGUACGAUGACCAGUCCAAAGCCCACCGUCAGAAGUUACACAACGGCAAGGGAGUAUCGCGAACUACGUGAACAACUGCGUAAACAGGAGAAUGAAAUGCGUCGUUUUCGUGUAUCACUGCUGAUGUAAAGUAAAUAUUUAAUGAACAGAACGGCAUUAUCUAUCUUAUUAUUUUGUGUAAAAGUUAGAUGCAGAAAAUAAAUAUCUUUAUUGAAUUAA